GCUCAGGAGGCUCCAAAGAAACCAGAGUUACGAUGCCACAGACUUGGUACAUGUGGUUUGCCCUUUGGGCCCUUCUUGCUGUAGCUGCAGCUCAACGCAGGGCCAGUGGCAGGAACAACAGAUGGGGACAAAACUGGAGCCAGAAGCACUCCGCUUACAAGACAUGGAACUCCCGACUGUAUCCUUGGUGGAAAGAGGGUGAUUCUAGGCAGCGAAACUGCUGGCGAGGCGGUGACGUGACUUUUGUCAUCAGCAAUGAUGCCCCGACUAUAACAGGGGCCAAAGCCACGUUCAGCAUCGCUCUGCGCUUCCCUGGUAACCAGACAGUGCUGCCAGAUGGGCGUGUAGUGUGGAGCCAGAACUGCACUGUAAAUGGUACUCGUGUGACGCAAGGAGACCUAGUUUUCCCUGAUCAGGAGGCCGAAGGCUCGGACUCCUUCUUUCCUGAUGGGCAGCCAUUCUCCCCAAGUGACCGUGGAAGGCGUGGCAAGUUUGUCUACGUCUGGCAGACAUGGGGGCGCUACUGGCAGGUAGUAGAUGGUCCCUCCUCCCUGCUGACUGUUGAUACAGGCGAUACACCUCUGGGUUCCUACACCAUGAAUGUGGAAGUCUAUCACUACCGGGGACGUGAGAAAUUCAUCCCAAUAGGUGGCACCUCUUCACAGUUCAGCAUCACCGACCAGAUCCCGUUCAAUGUGGACAUUGCACAGGUGCUCGAUGUCGACGGGGCCGAUGGCCGCUUUGUGCUCAACCGGGCCAUCUCCUUUGGCGUGCGGCUCCAUGACCCCAGUCAGUACCUGGGCGCUGCCGACAUCUCCUACUCCUGGGAUUUUGGCGACCAGAGCGGGACGCUGAUCUCUCGGGCAGCCGUGGUGACCCACACCUACCGGGCCGCUGGCACCUUCAGCCCUCGGAUGGUGCUCCAGGCUGCCAUCCCACUGGCCUCUUGUGGAAGCAGUACUACGGAGGAACCGAUCGUCAUCCCCACGACAGAUGCGAGUGGCACCACGGAGCAAGCCACCAGUGUCUUGCCCACCGCCAGCAGCACCACCACCGGGGCAAGCUCCGAGGGUGUCCAGACCCCUGUUCCAGCCGCUGCAACUUCAGCACUGCCCACAGAACCACCCCCCGAGACGGGUUCUUUGCCCACUGCAGCAGCCCCUGCCACCGUGAUCAGCGCCGUGCCCGAAGGGGCAGACUUGGCAGUUGCUUCUGCGGAGCCCGCCUCUGCCGCUCCAACUGAAGGUGCCGCAGGCACGAUGGAGCCCACAUCUGGGACCUCUGCCACCCCUGCGCCACCUCUCCCAAGCACUGUGGCACUGGCGUCUGCAGCCAGCCUGGCGUCUGCAUCCGUGCCAGCUUCUUCAUCCCCAGCAGCACCCGAGGAGGACCCGAGCACUCCGGCAGCCCCUGAGGCACCUGCAACUGCGCUUCCUAGCGUGGCCAGCACCCCUGCCUCUCCAGCAACAGCAGAUACCACUGAAGACGGAUCAACCAUCGUUCUGGCCGUAUCCAUCGUGCCGGACACUGGAACAGUUGCAACUGACAUGGCCCAAAUCUUGGUAAAACGCCAGGCACCGGCUGGCUGCCUCCUCUACCGCUACGGGACCUUCGCCACUGACCUGGACAUUGUCCAGGGCAUUGAGAGUGUGGAAAUUGUGCAAGUAGUGCCACUGGUGUCAGCCAUCGCUGCAAACACAGUAGAUCUCACAGUGACCUGCCAAGGAAGCCUCCCUGAAGAAGUCUGCACCACCGUUUCAGACCCUGAGUGCUUGAUGGCCCAGGAGACCGUGUGCAGCCCGGUCCAGCCCAGCCCUGACUGCCAGCUGGUUUUGCGCCAGGCCUUCAACCAGUCCGGCCUCUACUGUGUCAACGUCUCGCUAGCUAAUGCCAAUAGCCUGGCUGUAGCCAGCACCCAAGUCAGCGUUCAAGCAGGAAGAACUUCAUCUUCAGCUCAAAUUACACUAGUAGUUGGAGUCGUGCUGGUGGCUGCUGCCUUGGGUGCUGUUGUCUAUACCUACAGGCGUGUAAAAUAUACCCCUCUACGUGCUGUGAUGUCCACUGGCACCUCUCCCAGAAGCUGGUUGCCUGACCGUGCCACUGUACGCCUCUUCUUACGCCAGGCUUUUGGGCAAGAGGCCAGUGGGGAAAGCAGCCCACUGCUGAGUGGCAGCGUGAUCUGAAGAUGGUGACGAACGCCAAGGGAGCCCUCGCCAUGCCACCUACAGACCAGAUGCCUCAUGGAACCCACACUGGGAAAGGAGACUGUGUCCUCCCUGCCAUUCUUCCUCCCUCUAAACUGACCUUCCCAGCAUUGUUGCUCUUUUUAAAGAAUUUCCAGCUAAGUAAACACUCAGAUUCCUUGAUGGUGCUAUCUCAGUGCCUGCCUG